UGCGGGAGCGGGCUGCUGGAGUGGAUGAUCGAGCAGGCUACAGGUGAGCCGUGUCUGUGAUGUAUACUAGCGGAGUGUCGCGUUCCUCGGAGCCUGCGUGCGGGGCGCGGGGUGCGAGCGGGUGCUCAGCGUGGGGUGCGGGAGCGGGCUGCUGGAGUGGAUGAUCGAGCAGGCUACAGGUGAGCCGUGUCUGUGAUGUAUACUAGCGGAGUGUCGCGUUCCUCGGAGCCUGCGUGCGGGGCGCGGGGUGCGAGCGGGUGCUCAGCGUGGGGUGCGGGAGCGGGCUGCUGGAGUGGAUGAUCGAGCAGGCUACAGGUGAGCCGUGUCUGUGAUGUAUACUAGCGGAGUGUCGCGUUCCUCGGAGCCUGCGUGCGGGGCGCGGGGUGCGAGCGGGUGCUCAGCGUGGGGUGCGGGAGCGGGCUGCUGGAGUGGAUGAUCGAGCAGGCUACAGGUGAGCCGUGUCUGUGAUGUAUACUAGCGGAGUGUCGCGUUCCUCGGAGCCUGCGUGCGGGGCGCGGGGUGCGAGCGGGUGCUCAGCGUGGGGUGCGGGAGCGGGCUGCUGGAGUGGAUGAUCGAGCAGGCUACAGGUGAGCCGUGUCUGUGAUGUAUACUAGCGGAGUGUCGCGUUCCUCGGAGCCUGCGUGCGGGGCGCGGGGUGCGAGCGGGUGCUCAGCGUGGGGUGCGGGAGCGGGCUGCUGGAGUGGAUGAUCGAGCAGGCUACAGGUGAGCCGUGUCUGUGAUGUAUACUAGCGGAGUGUCGCGUUCCUCGGAGCCUGCGUGCGGGGCGCGGGGUGCGAGCGGGUGCUCAGCGUGGGGUGCGGGAGCGGGCUGCUGGAGUGGAUGAUCGAGCAGGCUACAGGUGAGCCGUGUCUGUGAUGUAUACUAGCGGAGUGUCGCGUUCCUCGGAGCUUGCGUGCGGGGCGCGGGGUGCGAGCGGGUGCUCAGCGUGGGGUGCGGGAGCGGGCUGCUGGAGUGGAUGAUCGAGCAGGCUACAGGUGAGCCGUGUCUGUGAUGUAUACUAGCGGAGUGUCGCGUUCCUCGGAGCCUGCGUGCGGGGCGCGGGGUGCGAGCGGGUGCUCAGCGUGGGGUGCGGGAGCGGGCUGCUGGAGUGGAUGAUCGAGCAGGCUACAGGUGAGCCGUGUCUGUGAUGUAUACUAGCGGAGUGUCGCGUUCCUCGGAGCCUGCGUGCGGGGCGCGGGGUGCGAGCGGGUGCUCAGCGUGGGGUGCGGGAGCGGGCUGCUGGAGUGGAUGAUCGAGCAGGCUACAGGUGAGCCGUGUCUGUGAUGUAUACUAGCGGAGUGUCGCGUUCCUCGGAGCCUGCGUGCGGGGCGCGGGGUGCGAGCGGGUGCUCAGCGUGGGGUGCGGGAGCGGGCUGCUGGAGUGGAUGAUCGAGCAGGCUACAGGUGAGCCGUGUCUGUGAUGUAUACUAGCGGAGUGUCACGUUCCUCGGAGCGUGCGUGCGGGGCGCGGGGUGCGAGCGGGUGCUCAGCGUGGGGUGCGGGAGCGGGCUGCUGGAGUGGAUGAUCGAGCAGGCUACAGGUGAGCCGUGUCUGUGAUGUAUACUAGCGGAGUGUCGCGUUCCUCGGAGCCUGCGUGCGGGGCGCGGGGUGCGAGCGGGUGCUCAGCGUGGGGUGCGGGAGCGGGCUGCUGGAGUGGAUGAUCGAGCAGGCUACAGGUGAGCCGUGUCUGUGAUGUAUACUAGCGGAGUGUCGCGUUCCUCGGAGCCUGCGUGCGGGGCGCGGGGUGCGAGCGGGUGCUCAGCGUGGGGUGCGGGAGCGGGCUGCUGGAGUGGAUGAUCGAGCAGGCUACAGGUGAGCCGUGUCUGUGAUGUAUACUAGCGGAGUGUCGCGUUCCUCGGAGCCUGCGUGCGGGGCGCGGGGUGCGAGCGGGUGCUCAGCGUGGGGUGCGGGAGCGGGCUGCUGGAGUGGAUGAUCGAGCAGGCUACAGGUGAGCCGUGUCUGUGAUGUAUACUAGCGGAGUGUCGCGUUCCUCGGAGCCUGCGUGCGGGGCGCGGGGUGCGAGCGGGUGCUCAGCGUGGGGUGCGGGAGCGGGCUGCUGGAGUGGAUGAUCGAGCAGGCUACAGGUGAGCCGUGUCUGUGAUGUAUACUAGCGGAGUGUCGCGUUCCUCGGAGCCUGCGUGCGGGGCGCGGGGUGCGAGCGGGUGCUCAGCGUGGGGUGCGGGAGCGGGCUGCUGGAGUGGAUGAUCGAGCAGGCUACAGGUGAGCCGUGUCUGUGAUGUAUACUAGCGGAGUGUCGCGUUCCUCGGAGCUUGCGUGCGGGGCGCGGGGUGCGAGCGGGUGCUCAGCGUGGGGUGCGGGAGCGGGCUGCUGGAGUGGAUGAUCGAGCAGGCUACAGGUGAGCCGUGUCUGUGAUGUAUACUAGCGGAGUGUCGCGUUCCUCGGAGCCUGCGUGCGGGGCGCGGGGUGCGAGCGGGUGCUCAGCGUGGGGUGCGGGAGCGGGCUGCUGGAGUGGAUGAUCGAGCAGGCUACAGGUGAGCCGUGUCUGUGAUGUAUACUAGCGGAGUGUCGCGUUCCUCGGAGCCUGCGUGCGGGGCGCGGGGUGCGAGCGGGUGCUCAGCGUGGGGUGCGGGAGCGGGCUGCUGGAGUGGAUGAUCGAGCAGGCUACAGGUGAGCCGUGUCUGUGAUGUAUACUAGCGGAGUGUCGCGUUCCUCGGAGCCUGCGUGCGGGGCGCGGGGUGCGAGCGGGUGCUCAGCGUGGGGUGCGGGAGCGGGCUGCUGGAGUGGAUGAUCGAGCAGGCUACAGGUGAGCCGUGUCUGUGAUGUAUACUAGCGGAGUGUCGCGUUCCUCGGAGCCUGCGUGCGGGGCGCGGGGUGCGAGCGGGUGCUCAGCGUGGGGUGCGGGAGCGGGCUGCUGGAGUGGAUGAUCGAGCAGGCUACAGGUGAGCCGUGUCUGUGAUGUAUACUAGCGGAGUGUCGCGUUCCUCGGAGCCUGCGUGCGGGGCGCGGGGUGCGAGCGGGUGCUCAGCGUGGGGUGCGGGAGCGGGCUGCUGGAGUGGAUGAUCGAGCAGGCUACAGGUGAGCCGUGUCUGUGAUGUAUACUAGCGGAGUGUCGCGUUCCUCGGAGCCUGCGUGCGGGGCGCGGGGUGCGAGCGGGUGCUCAGCGUGGGGUGCGGGAGCGGGCUGCUGGAGUGGAUGAUCGAGCAGGCUACAGGUGAGCCGUGUCUGUGAUGUAUACUAGCGGAGUGUCGCGUUCCUCGGAGCCUGCGUGCGGGGCGCGGGGUGCGAGCGGGUGCUCAGCGUGGGGUGCGGGAGCGGGCUGCUGGAGUGGAUGAUCGAGCAGGCUACAGGUGAGCCGUGUCUGUGAUGUAUACUAGCGGAGUGUCGCGUUCCUCGGAGCCUGCGUGCGGGGCGCGGGGUGCGAGCGGGUGCUCAGCGUGGGGUGCGGGAGCGGGCUGCUGGAGUGGAUGAUCGAGCAGGCUACAGGUGAGCCGUGUCUGUGAUGUAUACUAGCGGAGUGUCGCGUUCCUCGGAGCCUGCGUGCGGGGCGCGGGGUGCGAGCGGGUGCUCAGCGUGGGGUGCGGGAGCGGGCUGCUGGAGUGGAUGAUCGAGCAGGCUACAGGUGAGCCGUGUCUGUGAUGUAUACUAGCGGAGUGUCGCGUUCCUCGGAGCUUGCGUGCGGGGCGCGGGGUGCGAGCGGGUGCUCAGCGUGGGGUGCGGGAGCGGGCUGCUGGAGUGGAUGAUCGAGCAGGCUACAGGUGAGCCGUGUCUGUGAUGUAUACUAGCGGAGUGUCGCGUUCCUCGGAGCGUGCGUGCGGGGCGCGGGGUGCGAGCGGGUGCUCAGCGUGGGGUGCGGGAGCGGGCUGCUGGAGUGGAUGAUCGAGCAGGCUACAGGUGAGCCGUGUCUGUGAUGUAUACUAGCGGAGUGUCGCGUUCCUCGGAGCCUGCGUGCGGGGCGCGGGGUGCGAGCGGGUGCUCAGCGUGGGGUGCGGGAGCGGGCUGCUGGAGUGGAUGAUCGAGCAGGCUACAGGUGAGCCGUGUCUGUGAUGUAUACUAGCGGAGUGUCGCGUUCCUCGGAGCCUGCGUGCGGGGCGCGGGGUGCGAGCGGGUGCUCAGCGUGGGGUGCGGGAGCGGGCUGCUGGAGUGGAUGAUCGAGCAGGCUACAGGUGAGCCGUGUCUGUGAUGUAUACUAGCGGAGUGUCGCGUUCCUCGGAGCCUGCGUGCGGGGCGCGGGGUGCGAGCGGGUGCUCAGCGUGGGGUGCGGGAGCGGGCUGCUGGAGUGGAUGAUCGAGCAGGCUACAGGUCUCCCGACGGCGGGCCUCGAGGUAGACGGAGCUUGGUGGCGCUGCAAGUACGCGCCGCCCACCUUCAUCCCCCUCCUGCUCACUCCCCCCACGCCGGACGAGGACACCGCACGGCUGCUGCGCGCGCCGGGCACGGCGCUGCUCUUCUGCUACUUCAACAACCGGCCCGCCUUCGAGGAGUACUUGCAGCAGUACACCGGGCGCGUGCUGGUGAUCAUCGGGCCCGGCGAGGGCGCGGGCGUGCACGCGGAGCCCCGGCCGCUCGCCGGAGCCGGCGCGGCGCGGGGCCGGGCUGGGCGCUGCUCGAGGCGAGGGAGGUCAGGACCAGUUUUGAUUUUAUUGCGGUUUAUCGCAGAUGCUGAUAAUACUUCUACUUUAGAUAACACGAUAGAGCAUAAACAAAAUAUAAAUAUGUAAAUAAGUAAAAAAUAUCUACACCCUCUACACACAGACAUUAGAAAAUAAAUAGUUAAUGGGAACAAUGGGUGUAAUUCCUGUCCGAAAUUGCAAAAAGCGUCCAAAAAGUUGGAAAAGUUUCCGGAAAAUCCUGGAAUAUUUACGAAAAUUAAGGAAAAUAUCCAUUUUGAAACAGAAACGGAAAGUUUUGGGAAGCUUUUUAACAUUUUGUCGGCCAAUAAAUGAGUGGAAGGAAUGAAACGCUGUAUCUAAAGAAAACAUUAUAUUAUCUAUUUUUAAUUUCUUACAUUGUAUUAUUCUAAAUUAUGAUCAACAUAAAAUAAUACAAAUAAGUUUACAAUAAUAACAUUAUAAAUACAAUUGUUACAAUAAAGUUCACCACGAGAGAACUCGAUAUCUAACAACGAAUAAAUUCAAUAUUAGUUAAUAAUUUUUAAAUAAAAGAAAAUGCUCAUAAGAAUAACUUUACCGUCAUAAAAUAAAAUUAUUAUAUUUAAAAUUUGAGUAUUCCAGUAACCACCUCUAGUUGGUCCCCCUUUUUAAUUUCAAAAUAAGUAAGUACUGGUAAGAUAAUACCAUACUAUUUGUAGGCCUCGCGAGAGUAUGAGUCAUUCCAAUCUGCCUUACUUUUUAUUCUCACAUUGAUUUAAAUAUCUAAUAGGGACCAAGCAGCAACGCAAAUGAUAACCACUCACAGAGGACGACGAAAAUCGACAUGAUGUAUUUUGCCCUAACGCUUGCACAUUGAGACUAAGGAAUAUACUGACAAAAUGUCGAUUUCCGCAAACUGUCUUUAGAUCGCCUGUUCCAUCUCUCAUAUACAUAUAUAAA